AUGGCUCCCAACGGCCACCCAGGUCCUUUGGUCGGUCAAAGAAGACAUGAAGAGUACCAGUAUCUCGACCUUGUACGGGAGAUCAUAGAAACGGGCGAGCACCGACCUGACAGAACAGGUACGGGGACAUAUUCCAUCUUCGCGCCGAGACCACUUAAAUUCAGCCUCCAUAAAGAUGGCGCAACACCCAUCCUCCCCCUCCUCACGACGAAACGCGUCUUCCUCAAGGCAGUGACGGCCGAGCUCCUCUGGUUCAUCGAGGGCAACACGUCAUCCCUAGCGCUGAGCGACAAGGGCGUCAAGAUCUGGGACGGCAACGGGUCGCGCGAGUACCUCGACAGCAUCGGCCUGACGGACCGCGCCGAAGGGGACCUGGGUCCCGUGUACGGGUUCCAGUGGCGGCACUUCGGCGCCGAGUACGUUGACGCCGCCACCGACUACACGGGCCGGGGCGUCGACCAGCUGGCCGAGGUGGUCCACAAGCUGCGCACGAACCCGUACGACCGCCGCAUCAUCCUCUCCGCCUGGAACCCGGGCGACCUGCGCAAGAUGGCCCUGCCGCCGUGCCAUAUGUUCGCGCAGUUUUACGUGUCGUACCCCGGGGCCCGCAGGAGGGCGCCCAGGGACGGAGAGGACGGAGAGGACGGCGACGAUGCCAACGCAAGGGACAAGGACAAGGACAAGGAAAAGGACAAGGGCAACGGACGGGGCAAGGGACACUUGCACUGCCAGCUGUACCAGCGGUCCUGCGAUAUGGGCCUCGGCGUACCGUUUAAUAUUGCCAGCUAUGCGCUGCUCACGCAUAUGCUGGCGCACGUUUGCGAUCUGGUCCCUGGGAGCUUGACGCAUGUCAUGGGAGAUGCGCACGUUUAUUGUGACCACGUGGACGCGCUGCGGGUCCAGCUAGAGCGCGAGCCCCGCGCCUUCCCGAAGUUGGAGAUUACAAGAGAGAAGGGCGGCAGUAUCGACGGAUGGAAGUUAGAGGACUUUGUCGUGAAGGGAUACGAUCCGCAUAAGACGAUUGCGAUGAAGAUGUCUGUUUAA